CGGUAAGACUGUCUCACGGGCUCUUGAGCAAAUCGAGCGAGGAAACUCUCCGCCAACCAAAAAAUCAUCCUGCCCAGGUCAAGACUGGUCCUUGGAUCCUUCACAUGGUUACGGUGUGGGGGCCGUACCCCGAACCAUUCCACGAACCCGGUGCCGUGGGCCGCCGCCGUUCGAUGUGAAGCCAUACUGGCCAUGCCCGGUCCGGAAGCCAGAACCCAGCACGCAGUCCGGGCAUGAAGCCAUGUGGGCCAUGCCAUGAAGAAUUCUGCCAAGCCUUUCGCACUCUUUGAAGUGCCCCGACAGGUCUUCCUGCUGCAGGUGGUCGAAGACUCGCUUUCGAUCAAAGAGCUGGUCCAGCUUUCCCGGGCCUCGCGGCAAGCGCUGCACGAGGUGUUGAGGCCUUACGGGCCGAUUCUGAGCUUUGCAGCCCUUCGGCUUCCUUUGCUGGGACCAGUGAGCACUCAUGGAACCUGCCUGAAGGAUUGGAUCCAAAUCCAUCAAGCCUUGCUGACCGCUGGUCGCGGCGCGAGCGGGAGCCGCCAAGGCGCCAGCCUUGAGGAGGCCUCUUUGAGUCAGCUGAUUUCCUUUCAACAUCGACCCUACGAUGAAGCCGCUGGCACUUGGCUGGAGCCAGUCUCAUGGAGUUUCACGGGACAUGCCCUCCGGCGCUUCCUGCCGUUCUUGUGGCGACAGCUGACCGCUGCGCCGAGCUGCACGCGGCCAUGCAUGCGUGGCUCGACCUUUCUGCAGCGGCUGCCGGGUGCCGAGGGCGAGAUCUCGAAGGUGCCGCUGGCAGUGAUUGCCCUCGAUGCGACCUAUGGCUACAGUCGUCGGCAGGAUGAGUUCUUCAAUCUGGCGGCGCUGCUACUUUUGGAGGACAGGAAAGUUGCCUUGAUCUUGGCUUGGGCAGACGAGAUCUCAGAGAACGAGGGUUUCUUCAGCAUCGUGCUCAUUGGGCCAGAGCUGCAACAGCUCUUGAGGCAUGCGGCUGACUUCUUCAAGUCUCCUUGGAGUCCCUCCGCGAAGCACGAGUGGUUUGGCUUUGAGAUGUCGAGGGUCUACUCUUAUGAAGACCAGCCGCUGUUGGAGAGCCAUCCUGGACUCCGCUCCGCCCUCCGCUCGUCCGCCUUCCGCGACCUGGAACGCUUCGUGCCGCUCAUGCACGCGCUGCGGCCGGAGGGCUGGGGUAGAGGCGGCCUGAGGCCAGCGGUGGACGAGCUGAGCGGAUCUGGUGAAGGUGAAUGAAGUGGGAGGAGGGAACUUAGAUGGGUCAGUUGUGGGAUUGUCUUCCCAAAUCAAAUCCAGAAAGGAUGCGGGAGAACUUGCGCCUGUGUGGCGGGAAAAACUGGGAAACUGGAAGCUGAAAAAGGGAGCAGCACUGGAUUCCGUGGGGUUUGGGUGGUAAGGAGGCAUCCAGAAUUCUUCAGGAUAUCAUCCUACUUGUAUCAUCUUGUAUCUACUUGUAGUUACCUGUGGGCAGUGGGUGAGUCCAUGAUCAAAACCUGUAACUUGAGCAUGGGCGAGACUUCUGACCUGUGUCUUGCUAGCUGCUGACCUUGUUUCAAACUUCUUCAAUUGAGCUCUGGACAAGACCUCGUGAUUUUUCCGGAGCUGCUGGUUCCAAGAGCGCACAGAUUGGAAGGCGGCCGGGCGCCCAAACGGGCGCCCCUCCCGCCCGCUUGGGUGGGGGCUCUUGUUCAGCACCGAUGGUCGGAAGAUGGGAGCCGCCGGCAGUUCUGCCACCCAGCAGCGAGCCUGGAAGCGACCGCUUCCGGCGCGGGGCGCGCUGAAGCUGCGCUUCAGCACGAGCAGAUUUGGAGCUGGUUGGCUGGCUGCGCAGGCUGCGCAGUUGCGCAUGUGCAUGUGCAGUUGGCUUGCUCACGAGGCGAAGGAAGAUGGGGCGGAGCGACGAGGCCCGAUUGCGGCGCUGAAAACGAGCUUCUGAGAGGUCUGUGGAGGACCCGUCGCCUUUUGUGGGAGAGAUGCGCGGAAUCUUUUCCGACGAUUCAGGUCUCUGCGGCAAAGAUGAGCAGUACGCUCUCUUGAUGCCUGAUGUGGACACUUGAAUUCGUUCUGAUUGAUUGCUGUCAAUGCGGCCACUGGUGUCACUACCUCCACUGGCACAGAGGCUCAUCAGCUGCAGAUUUGUCACGGGCCAUCUCGGUCUCCAAGCAAUCUCUUGGGUGGUUUCAAGCAGAAACAUGUUCCAGAAACUUUGGGGCCUGAGAGACAGAUGACUCACGUUCUGGGCGCGUCCCGGCUCUUAUUGAUCCUAUUUGGUCACGCAUGGUCACG